AUGCCCUAUGACAUUAUCAUCGCCCAGCUCAUUGGCACCCUGGGCUGUGGAGUCACAGCCGGGGGUAUAAUGUGUCUAUCAACGGUAGCCAUACCGACACUAUCACUGCCAGCUCGCCAUCCACCCUCGGCCACGGCCCACGAGCACCACGUUCCCGCAACCCCUGUGGCCCAUCUCAGCCACCAAUGGCUUGACGUCUACGAGCGUGGAAAGAGCAUCUUCCCUCCAAUUGCUCUAGUGGCAUCCGCGGCCAAUGCGUAUUUGGCAUGGAAACUGCGAGACGCCCCGGUUCCCUACACGCUGGGCUGUAGCUGGAGCUCUCUCUAUGCGACGGCGAUCGUGACCACACUGGGAAUCAUCCCAUGGACAAUGACCGCGAUGAAAGGCACCAAUGGCCAAUUGAGAGCGCACGCUGUCAGAGAUGAUGCUGCGAUUGCGGAGGGGAAUUGGGAAAAGGGCUGUUAG